AUCUCAUUGUUUUCUUUUUCUUUUUUUCUUCUCCGUAUAUAAACCCCAAAAGAGCUUGUGAUAUUUACCAGCCACACAAAGGAGUUUUUUGUGUAUAAAUUCUUCAAAGCAGUCGUAUUUAAAAAAGAAAAGGUUUAUUUGAUGGAAAUGGGUUCAAGCAUGAAUUCUCCCCCAGCUGAAGUUGAUUCACGUUUUGAGCCAAAAUAUGCCCUUCGAAUCGGAUUAGGGGUAGAUCCUGACGUUCUUGAGUUUCGUUUACCAUUAGAGUUGAAGAAGGAGCAAAUAGAGCUUUCGUUAGUUACAACUACAAUAACCAAUAAAAAUAACGAUGAAAGCAAAAUUAGAAGCUUGAGGAUGAAAUUGUUGGGGUUGCAUCCAAGGAGUGAUAAUGAAGAGGAGGAGGUGGUAGAGAAGGAGUUUCGCAUUCCAACGGGAGGAAGGUACGAUGAGCAUGAGGAAAUCGAAGCCAGGUUUCAACGUCGAUCCUCCAUUCUCUGUGUCACUCUCCCAAAACGGAUGACUUAGGCAUAGUAGGCGGCGGCGGCAACCACAUCGCCGGUGCUGGAAAGGAGGAAUUAUUAUUAUUAGUUCAGGGCUAACCACCAAAUACAUAGCUGCAUCAUAUCAAAUAAUGUCUUAUAAAUGUAUCGCUAGCCAGUGUGUAUAUAUGUUGUACACAACUAUAUAAAAUAACUUUCCAUUCGACUGUUUCAUGUUUCCAUCAUUUGUUUGUUCACAUCAAAUAAUAUCUAUAGCAGAAAUCACUCUAAAUAAGAGUAAAAACGUAUUGAAAUUCCAAAAUAGGACUAUCUUGUUUUUUAUCCCUUGAAUAGGAGUAAUCUGCCAAGCUUGGGAAAAAAAUGUCAUGUUUAAAGUCUAGUAA